AUGGAUUCGGAAAUCCCCGUUGAGAGGGUACAUAUUGGUCGAUGUAGAUGAAAUUCAGUUUUAUUUGCAUGGCGCUUACGGUACAGAACAGAUGUUUUCUGGGUUAUUUUUAAGAUUGAUUAAAAAAACAUUUACAGGAAACUCUAAAUUACUACAAAUAUCACGUAUAUGAGAACAAAACUAAACCGAGAUGGAAGAAUGACUUUCAUUGAACAAAAGUGGCAACGGUUCAGAUUAACCUUAAAAACUCUAAAUAUUUUUAAACAAAUAUGUUCCUUCUUCUAACAGUUUUGUGACAGUUUUAUUCGUCGAAAAUUAACAUAUUUCAUUUUUUUUGUUUAAAUUUUGUAUAAAUUCGCUUAAAACUUCCUGUCAUCUUUCUGGCAACAACGAAGAAAUACGGCUAUAUACAAACGGUUGAUUUUCUCCCGAUGUCGAUGUUACAAAGAAUUGUGUUUAACUAAUGUUCUGGAAAAUUCACUCUUAAAAUGACUACUUGAUAGAUGAGCUUUCAAUAAUCCAUUCAUUUUCAUUCCAGCCAUUGACAAUUCAAACAGAAAGCAUUGUUAACAGUUUUAUACAACAAUUGCAUAGUGAUGGUUAACCAAACUAUGGACAUUAUUUUAUUUUUAGUUUUUCAAUUGAUACAAAUAUUUUUGCGGCUUUUGGAUCGCGUGAGAGUGACAUUUAACGAAGCUUCAACACAGACAUAACAUUACUUUAUUCAUGAAUGAGUUUGGAGAUGACAUUCAUCCAAUUGAGGAUCCCAGACAUGAUACGCCUACACUUAGUUGAACUUGGCAGCUUGAGGUUAAACCUCAUCCAAUACGAAAAAAGCAUUUUAAUUUUGCAAAACCCGAUAUAAAACCCUUCUACUGUUUUUUCAACUUUUAGCGGGAAAGAACGCCUUAAAAUCAAUGAGGUUGCCGGCCAAGUUAGAAAGUGAUUGGUCGAAAACUAACGGAGAUAUAGUUCCGCACAUGCACAGUCGCGGAAUUUUACAGACGAUUGUAUGGUGAUGGGGGGUGGGGGCAGGUUCGUGCCCCCCCCCCCCCCCCCCCCAAACCACCACCGUACAAACGUUCGUAACAUUUCGCGGUUUUUUGAAACAAUUUAUUCGCUCUGUUUGGACACUUGAAACCUUGGUAUUAAGUUGUCUUAUUUUCACAAGUUGAAAAAAACCGUAACGUAACUGGCCAAAUAAGGACUCUCUACCUAAUCCAUACAUUUUAUGUGGGGUUUACUGAGAGGAUUCGCCCAAGCGGAAAUUGUUCUCGAUGCCUAACGGACUGCUUACCAAAUAAUUAAGUGUUCCGAACCCGCAAUUACUCAGUCCACUUAGCUAAGAAAACUAAGGCGGCUUUAAAUUAAUAUAAUUGUUGACGGCAACAUCAGAUGCAAGAAGUUUAGGUAAAAUGUGAACCGACUUCAAAGCAGCGGAAACAAAAUGUUGAAAUUUAAUUCCAGUCGAAAGAAGCGUAGACAAAAUACUCCAAACAGGUUUUACAAAUAGAACUGAAAAGAAACGAGUAGAAAUAUUAAAAACUGCGAUCGCCAGCCGGAGUCCGUGAAAUUUUGAAUAGGACAAGAAACAGCCGUUCAAACUAACUGAAACAGUUAAAUUCAGCAUGUUAUCUAUCGCACACAACGGUACACUGUACUUGAAUUAUUAACUCACUAACCUUGCUAGUACUCUGACUGUUGCCACUACAAAUGGAUGUUAAGAACUUACAAAUGCAGAUUUUUCGAAUUGCAUCUACCAGUUGAAAGAUUAAAAAUUGUGAUGAGGCCAGAUAGACGUGGAAAUGAACUGACCUGACCUACGUUGCUAAGUAAUGUUCAGUUCGCGCGUGUUCUGAUGUUAAUUAUUUAAAAGUGCACUGAUGACUUUUAGGGGCGCACUUAACAGCACAAAGCGUUGCACGGUGAAAGAUGUUUUCCUGUAAUCCCUGAAUGAGCAGUCCCCCUUAUGAACAAAGGCAGGGACAAUUUUCUCGUAAAUAUUAGUACAUUGAAUUGUUGCCUGCAAGAAGGAAAGUUGAUUGCUCGACUGAAAUUAAAGACGCUAAAUUCAAGCUGUUAUGUUUUUUCCCUUUUUAGGUGAUUGUCACAAUACAGAGCAUGGGGUGCGGAUCGUCUGUGAAGUUUAAAGAGAAAAACGCUGCUUUAAUUCAACUUUCUGCAGCUCAAAAGUACCUCGUUCGAGAAACAUGGGAGCUUGUGGAACAACGUAGGAGUUAUGUGGGAAAGAAGACGUUUUUAACGUAAGCAUAUACGUUGCUAGAUAACUGGAAUGAGUUAAAGGCCUUCAGUUGUCAAAUUAUAUCGGCACUGAUAUCCAGUUGAUAAGAAGGUAUCUAACUAAAGGACCAUCGCAAAAAGAAUAAACAAAUAUUGAUCGGAAUGUUCCAGAAAAGCUUUUUUAUUCCACAAUAGAUUAGCUUUUACCUUGUAUAAUGCUCUGUUGAAACCAAGCUCCUCCUUCAUCCAUUUAUUACAACGUAACAGGCGGAAGCAAAUUUCGCCACUAAAAGUGUUUGGAAUCUGAAUUGAAACACGAACUUAAUUCAUAUGCAUGCCAAAAAUGGAUUGUCAGGACAUAACAUCUCUGGCGCUUUUCCCCUCUUUUUUGAGACUUUUAAACCAGCAAUUUUUAAGAUUAAAAUCUAAAAUAAUUAUUCAUUUUUUUACGGUACUCUAUUGAAGCAAAUGGCGUGUUUUAAACUGAAAAAAAUAACAAUCUCCAGACAGUCAUUAUAGGCAGUAAACAGCUAACCCAGAUCCAUGCAACAUAGCUUUAUAAUUCGUACGUCUUUGUGUAAACAGAUAUACCAACUACAAAUCAAACAGUGUUCAGGGUUACGUUCACAAGAGAAUUAUCGUCUUUCUUACCCACCUUUUUUCAGUAACGAGAGAAGCUCUUCUAGUUUUGCAGGUGAUAAGAUACUCAAAUGUACCAAAUGGUUUGUUUUUUUAAUGACUGCCUUUUUAUUCAUAGCGCCGGGGGUUAUUGAAAUAGUUUCUUCGCUUCCUUCGCAUUAAUUUGGCAAUUUUAUCUCAUUAUUACUUGACCCACGAAGCCAGAAAUUAAAAUAAACAGUUCGUAUUUGUUGCUUCCACUCCGUUUGCAAUUACAGUAGCUCACAAUGUGUAAUAAUUAACAAUCAUAAACGACACGUAAUGAAUGAACUGGAAAAUACAAGAAUGGCAAAAAUGUCCAGAAAGUUUUUUAAGUAAUGUCAAAUCCGUUGAUUGAAUUGAUAUAGGUUUGUAGAAACUGUCAACUGAGCUCUUGGGCAAGAUGCAUGACUAAAACCAGCUUUAAAAAUAUACAAAUAAUUGUGAGUAAUCUUCUCUUUCUGAGCCGUUCAACUCAAGAAAAAAAUUGUCGAAUUUACACGCUCGCUCGUUCAAUUCUUAGCGAUGAAAUCCUUCGUCCAAAACAUUCGUACAAAUUAUGAAGGAAUAGAAUUGUAUCUGAUUAGAAACUUGUGAUGACACCUAUGAAUAUUCAAGUGAUUAAAAACAAAAGCUAAAAGGAAGAUGCUGCAUGCAUGUCAUUAAAUGACAUUUAUUUCGUUUCACUUGAGCUUAAGUUUUAAACUGGACAGACAAAAUACCCGGUGUGUAGCUACUAAGUACACGCCUAUUGAUGGGAUGAACAUAGCGUAAAAUGAAUUGAAAGCGCACGGGAUGUUAUAUUUUGGUUGUUAAUUUUACUUUUUUUAAGACAGCAAUGAACGUUUAGAAAAGUUAAACCCUCCAACUAAGUAACUACAAGAACCAACAGCUAAAUAGAAUGUCACUGAUGAUAUAUUCUAUCACGAGACAGAAAGAGUGUAAACAUAGGAAGUUUUCGUUUUGGUUUAUAUUUUGCACAUCACAUGAGCAGCUGGUGCAUUGUUCUUCUGACAAAAGCAUUUACGAGAAAAAAAAUUGGCAUUUACAUGCCAAUUUUAUUAUGAUGUUACUCCAUCAAGGCACUGAUUUCAGGCUUAUACUUAUAGUAAACGUUAAUCAAUUUUUAUCCGAUUAUUUUGACGGCUAAACCUCUGUAACUACACUGCCGAUAACAUAAUAACGGGCAAUAGAAAUUUUAAAAUCUAGCUGCCUCAGAUCGUAAAAGCAGCAUUAAAGAGAACAUUUUGCGCUAACGCAAUGUUUCAAUUUUUUAAUUUUUGUCGGCAAGUGGUUAAAGUGGCACUUCACUUUACUUCGAUAAACAAUUAAGCACCAAAUGUUUCCUAUCUAAGGCUGGAGAAAGAGCUUUUUCAUGUUUAUAGUCAUUAUAAAAAACUAGAAAAAUAAACAGGAAAAAUACUAGACUAGACGUGGAUGGAUUGCAAAAAUCUAUAGAGGAAAAUACUUUUAAUUUGCUAAACCUGAAACGUACUUUUGAAAAACAAACUUUAAAAUUAUGAAACAAUUUGUUUAGCCUCCUCUCUCGAUUUCUCUAUAGCAUCUGGUCUUGUAUUUGUUAUCAUUUGGUCACAGUGGCCUGAGAUCAAGUCGAGGUUUCCUCGCUAUGCCUUUUUGCAAAACAAAAAUAUUAAUUAUUAUUCAAAUAUACCAGGUAAUUCUUCAUAACCAACUAGCGUUGACCAAAGUUGGAAGACGUUGGCGAUAUUCAGUAAAAUGAUGUCAAUAGUAUACAACUAUACCCGAGGGGGAGGUGAAUAGAGGUGAUAUACCGAGACGCGAAGCCUCGAGGUAUACACUGCAUAUCUAGUGCUGUUCACCGACCCUGAGGGGGGUAGUUGUUUUAGUAUUUACCAAAUCAGUUGGAUAAAAAUGAAGAGAAUAAUUUGUUGUAAAUUAAAAACGUCUCUUAGAAGGAACUUUGUUUACAAUUUACAGACAUUUCGGGGAUUUUGUCAAGUGCAUUUUUAGGAUUUUGUCGCAAAUUCAGCAUGAAAAUAAUUUUCUACCUACCAGUACACAAUGACAAGCCAAAGUUCGUCACUUUCUUUGUAUUUGUUUGUCGGACUGUUAUCGCACAAAUAUCGUCUUCCGAAAAUGUCUCGAAACGAGACGCCAUCUUGGCUCCGGUCGCAAAACAGUGAAUAGCCAAGGACAUUCCGAGUUAAGGGAGCCAAUCAAUACAAGCGAAAAUUGCUAUUCACAAAUUUGGUAAAUACGAAUAUAGGGUAUCGCCAGAAAAGGGACUUUGUCCGAGAAGCCCUGUUUUGGUGGGAAAAAAGGCGAAAAAUUUUAUACUUUAUGCAGAGAAAGACUGGCUAAACUCAGGGGCGUAGCCAGGAUUUUUCAAAGGGGGGGUCACCAUCCCGGAUCGCCGACUAUAUAUGGUUCAUACCGCUGCUCUCCCCCGUGUAUCAGCGGGCUCAGUCGUAUUAUCGCGGCAUGAAGGCCUAUAUUAACUAAAGACAAGAGCCGUUGACGAAAAUACUUUACAAACCUGGCUUUUACGGCCACGGGGGGUCACAGGCACCCCAGGACCCCCCUAGCUACGCCCCUGAAACUACUGCCUGAACACACAGCGACAACAGCAAAAAUACACCUCGAUGGAUGCGAAUGCUAUUUCAAGAAUAUCUGCUAGACUAACCCUUUAGUCCCGUAUACUGACCAACAUCAAUUUUCUCUUAACAAUAUCCAUGUUACCAAUAGAAAUGGUUAUGAGAGUUAAUAAAAUGAUCACUUAAGGGAAAACGCCUUGAUCUUUUAUCAAAUUCUCUCAACUAAUUCUUUAAAGAAAUGUAUGAAGAUCAGUAUGGAGAAUUUAUAUGUGGAUAUUAGGGCUUAAAGGGCUAAACACCCCAACUCUCUUCUCGGUGUUCUUGUUCAUCUUCUUGAUGAAACACUGCGUCUCAUCCUCGACAUAUUACAUCAGAGAACAAAAGGGACACUAUCCCUCGAUUAGAUAAGGACAUCAGAUACUUUUUUGUUCUUAGAUUCUUUGAAAAAAAUCCUGAAUACCAGCGCCUGUUUCCAGAAUUCAAAGACGUUCCGCCAUCAGAGCUGGAAAAGACGAACGCCCUAUAUGGGCAUGCAAAGCGGGUCAUGAAAGCUGUCGAAAACGCAGUGUCGGCGUUGGACGAUGCCGAGAGUUUUGCCGCGUAUUUGGAUGAACUUGGCAGGAGGCACAAAGCUCGCGCCUUAAAACCAACAUACCUGGAUGUAAGUGGGUCUUAUAAUCUUCUCCAUUUGUUUUUUUGCAAAAUAUCAUUAAUUAUUAUUCAUUCAACAUAUGUCUACUUUUCUGAUGGGCUCAAAUCUUCAGGCUAAUUUCAGUAAAAUGGCGACAAUAAAACAGGAUUUCGCCAUAAAAAGGGACGCCGACCGAGAAAGCAUGUUUUGGUGGGAAAAGGUGAAAAAAUUCACACGUUUUUCAGAGAAAUGGCCAAACCACUGUCUGAGCACAUAGCAAGAACAGCAAAAAUAAAACUCGACGGACACAAACUAAAAAAAUGCUAUUUGAAGAAUACAUGGACGAUACUGAGAGUUUUGCCGCGCAUUUACAUGAACUUGCAGGAGGCACAAAGCUUGACCCUGGAAACCAGCAUACCUGGAUGUAAGUGGGUUUUAUAGAACUUAGCUGGUUCUUUGCACGUAUCAGACGGUUUCAUCCCCAGAAAUGCACGGGGGUACUCAAAGAAGUUUUGUACAGGGAAGUUCCGCCCAGAGGUAUAGCGAUACCCCUUUCGCAUACUUCUACUGAGAAAUGGUACCUCUUUCACAUACCUAGUUAAGAAUCGUAACUUUCUACAUCUGCGUGGCAUAUAGUAAACACCGAAAAUAAAUGAAGUUAUGAAAAGGGUCUGAUUUACAAUUAAAUUUGCAAACGUUUCGGGCUUGACGUUUCAUUAGUAAAAUGGCGAUGGACUUGAUUAUUGGCCUGUUUACUCGGAAAAUGAAGUUAGAUUCGGGCUUAGAUUCCAUAAGGGUUUUAACCAAGCCAAAACUCUUGGGAAGGAGCCCUUCAGUUUCAAUUUUUCCAACAGAUUUUUUUUUGUGAUAUCUAAACAUUGUAUACUUUAAAAUUCAAAAACUUACCCGUGUUUUCGCUUCCAGUCAAUGCAGACCGCUUUGAUGUCCACUCUUCAAGAACUCCUCAAAUCCAGCUGGACCGAGGAAACAGCAGAGGCCUGGAACAAGCUCUUUAUGUUUGUAAAAGAUCAAAUGAUACGUGGCCUGCAGUCAUAG